AUGGAAGACUUGGAGAAUGUAACUUUGGACUUCUACAGUUGGCCUACAGAUGAUCCAAAUGAAGAGCUCUGCAACCUCAACCCUCACCCAACAGAAGUCCUUUCCCAAACCUACAUCCACUCCAUCAUCUGCGCCUUUGGCUUGAUCGGCAAUGUUCUUGUGAUGAUCACCUACGGCUUCUACAAGAGAACCAAGACAAUGACAGAUGUUUACCUCUUUAAUGUGGCUGUGGCCGACCUGAUUUUUGUAGUGGCUCUGCCUCUCAUUAUCUACAACGAGCAGAAUAAGUGGUCCAUGGGUUUUGUGGCCUGUAAGGUUCUUCGUUCAGCAUACAACAUCAACCUGUACAGCGGCAUGCUGCUGCUCGCAUGCAUCAGCGGCGAUCGAUACGUUGCUAUUGUUCAUGCCAGACGCUCGUUCGGGUCUCGCUCUCACGCUUUGACAUACAGCCGUCUGAUCUGCUCAGCUGUCUGGGUGUUUGCAGUGGCUUUGACUCUGCCGACACUCAUCUACACAGAGCGCUCUAAAGAAAUCAACUAUGAUUUCCCUGAAGAACAGAACUAUACAAAGUUCAUUGAUGAGCCUGUCUCGAUGGGUCCAGCUUUCACUGUGACGUGCCAGCUCUCAUUCAAUGACAACAACAUGGCUAAGCUAAUGAAGGUGAUGGUGCCCAGCCUCCAAAUGGCCAUUGGAUUCUUUUUUCCUUUCUUGGUGAUGCUGUUCUGCUACUCGUGCAUCGUGCACACCUUGCUGAAAGCGAGCAGCAGCCAGAGGCACAAGGCCGUCCGGGUUGUCAUUGCAGUCGUUGCGGUUUUCAUCGUUUGCCACUUCCCAUACAACGUGACUCUGCUUAUUCACACCACAUCUCUUUUUAAGGAGAGAAGCUGCACAGCAGAACAACUGAAACUCCAAGUUCUGGCUGCUUCCAGGACUGUGGCCUACCUGCACUGCUGCCUCAACCCCAUCCUCUACGCCUUCAUCGGAGUGAAGUUCAGGAGCCAUUUCAAACAAAUACUGUCAGACUUUUGGUGCUUUAGCAAGAAGUACAUCUACUCCGUUCGCUCGUCACGUGGGACAUCUGACAUCUGCAUCUCAGGUCUUAGGACCUCAGAGGGCUCAAACAACGUGUCGUCUUUUAGUGCAUGA